GGAAAAAAAAAAAGAAGCGGAAGGAAAAUUGAACAGCACCAAUUGGUGACUUUGUUUUUGUAUUUUCUGUUUUGAGACUUGAAAGUGUAUCAAACUAUGGCAGGUUCAUAUGUUCUGCUUAAUGACGAUGUUAAUGUUGUUAUUCCAUGCAAAAAUUAUGAGAAGGUGUGUGAAAUGUGCCUCAUCACUCUAAAUAAGAGUGCUAUCUUCUGUGACAAUGGUGCUAUAAAUGAGAAUCGGGGCUCCUGCUUUGACAUCAAGAGGCUGUUUAGAGGUCGAUUUGAAACUAUUGCCGACUUUCUUCUUACGGUAGCUCAGAUACCGUGUGCAAUACAGAGGGAACAUGGAAAUUUUGGGGAGAUUUUCUCAAGAAUCUGCAAAAGAACAGAGAUAUAGUUGAGUUCUGAAACUGGGCAGGACAUUUUCUUCCCAGUUUCCAAUGCUAGGUUCGAACUUCGAAUUCUGAAUAUGAAUAGAUGGUAAACUUGAAUGCAUCCUUUGGUGGCGUCCUGCUAUCAGUAUGGUAACCUGCCCUUUUUUCCCCGUAAUAUACUUCUCAUUCGUCUCAUUCAAAUUACAAAUAUAGGUGAAUCUUCAAGAUUUGUUGAGAGAAUAUAGCACUGUCAAUUUUCAAACCGUAUUUUCCUGGUUUUGUAAAGCUUGCAAGAAUUAGUAAAAAUGCGUACAUCUGUAGGAGUAAUUGAAUGUAAUGUAAUAAAAUAUUCUAUAGAAAUACUGUAAAUAUCUGAUUACAUCCUAUUGAACAUACCCUUUUUUGUUAAAA